CUACCAACACCGCACCAAGUCUAACAGCUGCACACCCCUCAAACAUGACUCUAGACGACUUUGAACGGGAGUUGGCGGAGCAGAAGGAGACAGAGAGAAGAAGAGAAAAGCGAAGAGAACACGAAAAAUCCUCCGACCGUCACCACAAACAUCAUCACCACCAUUCCCAUCGGAGCUCGAGGCACCACGAUUCGCAUUACGAUGAGGGUCACCGGUCGAAAAAGUCAAGACACUCAAGAGAAGAUGAUACUUCAGAAAGCAGGCAUAGACACAAACACCGUCGACACAGCAAAGGUGAAGAAGACCGGGAAGAGGAAGAACCUACUCAGCCUGAAUCGAGUGGCCUGAAGCGCGAUUCCUGGAUGGAAGCACCUUCGGCAUUGGAUGUCGACUACGUACAAAGUAAGAAGCCCGAGCCAUCUCCGCCUAAAGGUACGAGCCUCGGGGCCAACUUUGAAUUGAAAAUCCACGAGAAAGAACUCAAUCAUCACCUACGGGAUUUGCAGGAUGGAAAGCUGGUCGACGAGCUGGAAGACCAGCCUGCUGCGCAUGAAGUUGACUAUGUGUUUGGGGAUGCUGGCUCACAAUGGCGCAUGACUAAACUUAAAGCCGUAUACCGACAGGCGGAACAAUCAGGACGCCGUGUAGAAGAUGUCGCUUUGGAACGAUUCGAUUCUCUGCGGGAAUUCGAUGAUGCAAGAGAAGAAGAAAUAGAGUUGGACAGGCGCAAGACAUAUGGAAAAGGAUAUGUUGGAAAAGAGAAACCCAGUGGCGAACUUUUCCAAGAACGCAAGUUGGACGCAGGAAUACGACGUCCUCAUCCACGCGACGACCAAGGCGAGCCUGAUGAAGUCGUUGAGCAAAUGGCUGUCCCAGCGUCCGAAGGGGCAGCAUCAGGCCCGAAGGUCGAUCAAACAACGUUGAAUAAACUCAAAGCUCAGCUCAUGCGAGCCCAGCUACGUAAGGAUCCCAAGGCAGCCGAUCUCGAGCGCGAAUACAACGAAGCCGUCGCAGCAUUUUCCGCCCAAGAUCCCACGAUAGUUACGCUGUCUGCAAUGGACAACCGCAUGCUCUCUUCCGCUCCGCGCAACGAAGUUAAAGCGGUGACAAACCGGCGUGGUGCUGAACGGGGCAACGUCGAGGAGAACGAAGAUAUGAGCAUCGAGGACAUGGUUCGCGAAGAGCGCCGCACAAAAGGUCAAGCAGGCGGCGAAGGUCAACGCAUGGCCGAUCGGAUCGCCAAAGACGUCAAAUUUGACAACGAUCUGGACUACAUGGACGAAAACGCAAACAAGCUGGCGAAGCGAGUUCACAAGUCGGAGACGAAUCUCAGGAACAUCGCCAUCAACGACUAUCAGAAGAUGCAAAGAGUUUUGGAAAACUGUCCACUGUGCUUUCACGAAGAUACAGACACUCCUCCGGUGGCGCCGGUCGUGAGUCUGGGCACUCGAACAUUCCUUACGCUUCCCACAGAACCUGAACUUUCUCCGCAAAGCGCCGUGAUCGUGCCAAUGCAACACCACACCAACCUCCUAGAGUGCGACGACGACGAGUGGGAAGAGAUUCGGAACUUCAUGAAAUCCCUGACGAGGUUGUAUCACGAACAAGGGCGAGACGUCAUCUUCUACGAAAACGCAGCCUACCCUUCUCGCAAGCCGCAUGCCGCUUUGACCGUCGUGCCGCUGCCGUAUGAACUCGGAGAGACGGCGCCGGCUUUUUUCAAAGAAGCUUUCCUGACCACCGAAGACGAGUGGAGCCAGCACAAGAAGAUUAUCGAUACGCUGGCGAAGUCGAAGCAAGCUGGGUUCGGGCGGCUCGCGUUCCGCCGCAGUCUGACCAAAGAGAUGCCGUACUUCCAUGUCUGGUUCGAACUGGACGGUGGCAUUGGGCACGUCGUGGAAGAUCCGGACCGGUGGCCCCGUGGGGAUCUGUUUGCGCGCGAGAUCAUAGGGGGUAUGCUCAGUCUGGAGCCGGAUGUCAUCAAGAGGCAGGGAAAGUGGCAUCGCGGGCAUGAUAAGCGUGUCGAUACUUUCAAGAAGCGAUGGAGGAAAUUUGAUUGGACUAGGAUCUUGACCGAGGGUAAUUGAAUGGGACGUAUAGUGGACUGUGCGAGGGGCUGAACCGAGUUGGCCAACUAUAAAGCUGCGCGGCAUUGGGGUGGUUUGACAUUGGCGUCUACUCCUACUGGAUGGUAAAACUGAUUAUACGUUUCAAAGCCAUCUCGAGGUCUUGCGCGAGAUAACCCCGUCGUAACAAUUCGAGUAGAGGAAAAACCGUGUGAUGUAGGCCAGACGACAAUCAAAGCCGUGACCUUUUUGAUGGAUUCGUAUACGAUGAUACACUUCAGAUGCUACCAUCUAACACAUUAUAACUUUGAACCCAA